AAAACGAUAAUGGAUGAUUUCACGGACUGAUUUGGUUAAAGUUUGAUGGCCAUUACAGUUAUAUAGCCAGAGGUUUACAGCGUUGGCUCAGUCAGCCUGUGGAAAGGAGGCUCAUUCUAUGGGAGACUCUACAAGAGGCCUGUGAAGUCUACAGGGAAAUGGUGCAGAAGUCUACUGUGCUGGGCCUUGCUUUGCUGCUGCUGGCUGCAGUCGGCACGUUUUUGGCUGUUUUCUUUUCGGUGCAGGGCAAGAAGGCCUCUCCUGAACCUGAACCUGAAAAUGGUUACUUCAAGGGAGCGGUGGCAGCAGAUGCUGGAACGUGCUCAGAGAUCGGCAGGGAUAUCCUGAAGAGAGGCGGUUCCGCUGUAGAUUCUGCCAUUGCUGCUCUGCUGUGCGUGGGAUUGAUGAAUGCCCACAGCAUGGGCAUCGGAGGAGGGCUCUUCUUCACUAUUUAUGAUGCCAAAACAGGAAAAGUCGAAACCAUCAAUGCACGUGAGACGGCCCCUGCAAACGCAACCAGAGACAUGUUUGGAAAUAGUACAGACCUUUCCCAGAAAGGUGGUUUGUCCAUCGCUGUUCCUGGAGAGAUUCGGGGGUAUGAAAUGGCCCAUAAACGGCAUGGCAAGCUUCCAUGGAAAGAGCUGUUUUUACCAAGCAUACAACUGGCCAGAAACGGCUUUCCUGUUGGCAGAGCAUUGGCAAGUGCCAUUAACUCGAAAAGAAACAUCAUUACGGGUGAUAAGAUGUUAUGUUCUGUGUUCUGCGAUUCCACCGGGAACAUCCUACAGGAAAACGACACCAUCACCUUCACAAAACUGGCUGACACUUAUGAGUUCAUUGCAGAGAAAGGGGCUGAUGAUUUUUACAGCGGACAGCUUGCUGAGAACCUUGUGAGGGACAUCCAAGCUGCAGACGGAAUUAUAACUCUGGAGGACUUGAGAAAUUACAAACCCUUGCUGGAUGAAUCCCCCCUCACUGCCACUGUGGGUGAAUACACAAUGGUGACACCAAACGCACCUGCCAGCGGCCCAGUCCUCACGCUGAUACUCAACAUCCUGAGCGGUUACAACUUCAGUUCAGACAGUGUCUCCAACACUGAAAAUAAAACCCUCACCUAUCAUCGCAUAGUAGAGGCGUUCCGGUUUGCGUAUGCCAAGAGGAGCGUCUUGGGGGAUCCAGAAUUUCUCAACAUCUCCAGUUUCAUCCAGAACAUUACCUCGAAGGACUACGCUGACAUGAUACUCCAGAAGAUCACAGAUAACAUGACUCAGCAAGAGAGCUACUAUGAACCCGAGUUCUACCUUCCCGACAAUCACGGCACAUCGCAUGUUUCAGUGGUGGCAGAGGACGGCAGCGCGGUCGCCGCCACCAGCACCAUCAACCUAUAUUUUGGCUCCAAGGUUAUGUCAAAUUCAACUGGAAUUAUACUGAACAAUGAGAUGGAUGACUUCAGUUCUCCCUUGAUCACCAAUAACUUUGGGGUUCCUCCUUCUCCCAACAACUUCAUUGUCCCAAAUAAAAGGCCCAUGUCUUCUAUGUGUCCCGCCAUCCUGCUAGACAAAAACAAUAAGGUUAAAAUGGUGGUCGGAGGCUCUGGUGGAACAAAGAUCACCACGGCAGUGGCCAAGGUGAUCUUAAAUGCACUGUUCUUUGACUAUGACUUGAAGAAAGCGAUAGUAGACCCGAGAUUUCACAAUCAGCUCAGUCCAAACACCACACAAGUAGAGCCAGACUUCGACAAGGCCAUUUUGGAGGGUCUUGCUGCGAAGAACCAUGUAAUAGAGGUGUUGAAGUCCAUGGGCGCAGUGGUUCAGGCGGUGGUGCGGUACAGUGCUGGCCUCAGCGCUGAGUCAGACCCCCGUAAGGGAGGAUAUGCAGCUGGGUACUGACAUCCGACUCAGCGAUCCACGUCUCCGGUCCAGCUGGAGGCAAUGGAGAUGCUACUUUGAGACCCCAAGGACACUUUCCCCUCAUGCUGCUCUGAAACAACCAAGUGCCUCCGUCAGAGAUACAGGCGAAUCAGCUCUGGACAAUCAAAAGCUCUGCACACUCCAUUUUCAGUGAAUGAGGAAUAAAACACACUCACAAUGGAAACGCACCAUCUUUCUUCAGCUAUUUCUUCCGAUAACGUUCGUUCAUCAAAAUCUCUACAGAUCUUCUUAUUGAUUUCUGCUAAUAACCGUGUUGUGAUGGCCAUUCUGAACUUUCUUGCGUGACUUCUGUCCAUACUGAGAUUUACAUCCUGGCAAGAGAACAUUUUUGCAAGACUUAGCAGGAGCGUCUCAGGGGAGGAAGUUUUAAUCAAGCUUCUAAUAAGAGCUGAAGCGUGAACAAGAGUUGAAAUGCUCGUUUUAAUGUCCCACGAGUAUGUGGUCCUACCCACAGGCACCGGCCCGACAUCAAGCAGCAUCAUUAAUGCUGAAGUUGUGGGGGACAGAGAAAAAUCACAUAAACAGUCCUUAAUUAAACUUUCAAAAUUGUACUGAACUAGAAAGUAACUAAUAAAAUGUAUGUACAGUGUAUUAAAUUAAAGGAGGAGUCCACCCAAAAAUAACAGUUUAGUCAUUCCAAGCCUGUAUGGCUUUCUUUCUUCUGUGGAACAGAAAAGAAGAUAUUUUGAAGAAUGUUGCUAAGCGAACAGUUUCGGGUCCCAUUGACUUUCAUAGUCAUUUUUGUCCACACAAUGGAAGUCAGUGAGACCCAGAACCAUUUGUUUUCCAGCAUUCUUCAAAAUAUAUCUUCACAAUAUAUAUUUUUAUAUAAUAUAUAUUUUUCCACAAAAAGAAAUGCAUACAGGUUUGGCAUGACAGGAGGGUGACAUAAACAAUGACACAUUUUUGGGUGGAGUAUCCCUUCAGUUUAACAAACUGUAUGUAAUUUGUUGCCUGUGACUUUUUUAAUCUAACAUGUAAAAUUUUCUAUAUGGCACAUCAAACAAUUUUGCCAAAAUUCCAAGUAUACAGUGUACAAAACCAUGUUAUGAAUUAUUAGUUGUUAUUAUUAAAACUAAAGUAUUUAAAUGAAUUAGUAAAAUUAUUAAUUUCCCACACCUAAAAUGGUAGCUGUAAGGUUGUGUAAGUGGCUGAAUUAAAAUGCCGUAAUUGUUAUUAGAAUAACGGUAACACUUUACAAUGAGGUUCAUUAGUUAACAUUAGUUAACAAUAUUAGUAAACAUGAACUAAGAAUGAACAAUACUUCUACAGCAUUUAUUAAUCUUAGUUAAUGUUAAUUUCAGCAUUUACUAAUGCAUUAUUAAAAUCACAAGUUGUGUUAGUUAACAUUAGUUAAUGCAAUGUGAACUAACAUGAACAAACAAUGAACAACUGUAUUUUCAUUAACUAACAUUAACAAAGAUUAAUAAAUAGUGUAAUAAAUACAUUGUUCAUUGUUUGUUCAUGUUAGUUAAUACAGUAACUAAUAUUAACAAAUGACACCUUAUUGUAAAGUGUUACCAGAAUAACUAUUACAAAUACAAUUUCAAAACUGUUUCACUAAAUUAAAUUAUUCUGAAUAGCAAAGCUUUUUCUGACUAGUUUGUGAAAAUGUAAAAAAUGUGCAGCACAAUAAGACUUUGGAGUGGCAUAGUUCAUUACUAAACAUAAUACAUUUAACAUUAAUUUAUUUAACAUAUUUUUUCCCCCCUCAUUUACAUUAAAAAUGUUUAUUGUAAGUGUAAAUCAUUAAUGUUUUCCCCGAUGUAUGUAUGUAUGUAUAUACUGUAUAAAUGUAUAAAUAAAAGGAAAUGUGUGCCAAACCAAAAACAUGUAAGAAUGAAAUAAAACGUUUGUGAUUUGUAUGUUAUGAACAUA